AUGGAAGUUUCAGACAAAAUCAAAAUGAUGAUGGAGAAAUAUUCCAGUGAAGAUAGUGAUGAUCAAUCCGAGAAUUUUCUUGAAGCUUUCGUUUGCUGUAUUUGCCGUGAUCUCCUUUACAAGCCGGUUGUUCUGGCUUGUGGACACAUCUCGUGUUUCUGGUGUGUUCAUAAAUCCAUGAAUGGCCUGUACGAGUCCCGUUGUCCAAUAUGCAGAAACCACUAUUAUCAUUUUCCUUAUGUAUGUCAGAUUCUUCACCUGCUGCUGCUGAAAAUGUAUCCGGUUGCCUAUAAGAGAAGGGAGAACCAAACUUUAGAUGAGGAGAAGGACAUGGGUUAUUCCUCGCCUCAAAUCAAUGGUCCUGCUCACGAGUUACAACAUGAGGAGGUGGCCAUAAAGCCUUGUGGUGCAACAGUAGCUGUCCAAUCGGGUUCAUUUAAUGCAGAUACUGGCUUGAAAAAUUUGUCGGACUUAAGAAAUGAUAUUGCAGCAGUUAGCGAUGCCACUGCUGAAAAAAGAAACUCAAACCUUAUACAUGGCAAUGGAAUUUGCAAUAAGGUUUCAGUUGAUGAUGUUUUAUGCGGUUCUUGUAAGCACAUGCUUGCCCGGCCAAUAGUUCUUAACUGUGGUCAUGCCUUUUGUGCCUGCUGCAUUGUUCUGCAAACGAAUGAGUUGCUUGAGUGUGGAGUUUGUCAGAGUCUGCAUCCAGGGGACACUCCAAAAGUAUGCUUGGAGUUUGAUCAUUUUCUGGAGGAGCAAUUUCCAAAAGAAUACGCGCUGAGAAGAGAGACUUUACAGUUGAAACAAGAGCGGUUACCGAGUGAUACUCCUAGUAAAUGCUCAUCAAAAGCUGCUAAGGAAAGUUCCCACUUUUCGUUCUCUUCUGGAGAGGAUCCUUUACCAUUGCGGAAUGCUAGCUCAAAUGUCCAUAUUGGAGUUGGCUGUGAUUCUUGUGGGAUGUACCCUAUAAUCGGCGAUAGAUACAGAUGCAAAGACUGCGUUGAGCAGAUAGGGUAUGACCUCUGCAGGGAUUGCUACACCACCUCCUCCAAGCUUCCUGGCCGUUUUAAUCAGCAGCACACAUCUGACCACCAGUUUGAGAUAAUGAAAUCAAACCCUAUGCACAAUAUCAUGCUAAGGCUGCUGAAUGGACAGCUGCACGAAGUCUCGGCCAUCUCGGAUGCCCUGAAUAACAACAGCUCAGCAAAUGAAGUUUCCCCAUCUGAUGGCACCAGUGAGGAUCGAGAACAUGUGGCCGAUGAACAUCUGUCCCCGUCCCAGUCGGGGCCAAACCAUGGGGAAAACGAGUGGUCGGCAUGA